GCCAACCCAUCGAUACAAAGAAGAAACAGCAAACUAAUCAAAAGUGAUACAGCGGAAAGUAACAGCCUCUGUGCAUUCUCAAUUAUUUCUCCGGCAUAAUUGCUGACGAAGACAGUUUUUGUUACCGUGUUUAAUCUGUUUGCUUGCUAGACUUUGGUUCUAUUUAUAGAUUGAAUCCAUAAAAUUUGACCAAACAGCAAUAAAUUCGCGUUUUCCAGAGAAGUGCAGCGCAAGACGACGAAAAUUGUGCUGCAAAAUGAUGGAUGGAAUGAUUGAGGAGAAUGGCAAUGGCACUACUCUGGGUGGGACGCAGGAUUUAUUGCCACCGCAGAAAAUCUCCGCCGGGAAUGGACCGACCGAUGGGCAGCAGCAGAUUCAGGGAAAUAAUAACAAGAUAGACCCGGCGGCACUCCCUCCCAACUCGCUGCUGGUUGAUAUUUCGGAUGCACUGAGCGAGAAGGAACGUGUCAAGUUUACCGUCCACACGAGAACCAAUUUGGCUGGCUUCGCCAAAUCAGAUUUUCUGGUGGUUCGACAGCACGAGGAGUUCGUUUGGCUGCACGAUCGCUUCGAAGAGAACGAAGAGUAUGCCGGCUACAUCAUUCCGCCGUGUCCUCCACGACCAGAUUUCGAUGCGUCUAGGGAAAAACUGCAGCGACUUGGAGAAGGCGAAGGGAAUAUGACCAAGGAGGAAUUCAAGAAGAUGAAGCAAGAGCUGGAGGCGGAAUAUUUGGCAACCUUCAAGAAGACGGUCGCAAUGCAUGAAGUGUUCCUAACACGCUUGGCUUCCCAUCCGAUUUUCCGGAAUGACGCCCACCUGAAGGUGUUUCUCGAGUUCGACCAGGAUCUGUGUGCGAAGCUGAAGAAAAAGAUUGACGUGUUUGGGGGUUUGAUGAGAAGCAUAGGGAAAACCACCGACGAGAUAUAUCUCGGAGCGACGGUGAAAGACGUUAACGAUUUCUUCGAGCAUGAGCUGCAGUUUCUGGGCGAGUAUCAUGCACAUUUGAAGGAAGCGGCCGCCAGGACGGAAAGGAUGACCCAUAAGCACAAGGAGGUGGCCGAUUCGCACAUCAGAAUCUCAACCGCACUGACGACACUUUCGACAGCCGAACACGGUUGUAUGGAGAAGUUUCUUGCCAAGACGUCCGACAUUUUCGAGAAGAUAAGGAAUAUGGAAGGGCGCGUUGCUAGCGACCAGGAUCUUAAGCUUGGUGAUACCCUACGAUAUUACCAGCGUGACAGUAAUGCUGCUAAGGCGUUGCUCAUCCGUCGCCUUCGAUGUCUGGCAGCCUACGAAGCAGCGAACCGGAAUCUCGAGAAAUCCCGAGCCAAAAAUAAGGAUGUCCACGCGCCAUUGGAGGUUCAAGAGGCGGAGUCGGCACAAACACAAGCCUGCGAGAAAUUCGAAUCGAUGUCCGCCCGCGGGAAGGAGGAAUUGGUCAGCUUCCGGCUGCGCCGGGUUUCAGCGUUCAAGAAAAGCCUCAUCGAGCUGGCCGAGCUGGAGAUGAAACACGCCAAAACGCAGUACGAGUUCCUGCGCCAGUCGCUUCUAUCCUUGCAGGAGAUAGUUUAGACGGCUGCGAAACAACCUUCGUGUACAUUGGCACGAAAGAAAGAGGGUAACCGCGAACGUCAAACAACCGCUGGAAAGAUAUCGAAAUUUACCGGACAGAAAAAAAUCGGUAACCGUGCUUCUUCGCUGGCGACGGUGUGUGCUCGUUUGGAACCGUAUUUGCAAACAUAUAUGAAGCGUAGUUAUAUACAUAAACUGGUGUCGUGAUAUAUUUUUCGAAGCGGAAUCCGACCGCUGUAAUCCAAACCGGGAACCGAAGAACCGUUGGCUGCAGUCAACUCCAUUUGGGAACGAAUCUUGUUGAGGGUAUGGAGCAUACGCAAAAACAAUAAACGAACAUUGGUGAAGCAAAGGAGAGAAAUUAUCGUUGUAAGUAACAUUAAUUUUCUGGAAGGAAACUGUAAUUCCAUUUUUGGUAAUAUUUGUACUAAUUUUUAUAAGCUUAUUCCAACGACAUAUCCUUUAUAUUGUUCUCGUUGAUCAUUUGUAUGAGAGUUGAGUUUCAGUUCUGAACUGUUCCAUCGCAAGCAAGGAAGCAAGAGUUUUUUAAUUCAUAUUACAUUCUUUACUAUCUUAGUAUUUUCGAUGUAGAAAAUUGAGAACUUUAUAGUCUUUUUUUUUUGAUACGCUGAAACGAAUAUAUUUAUGAAUGUGUCCCAUUUAAGUUGUUAGAUAUAUAUGACGCAAAACACAAGAAAAACUUUACAUAUUCAAUCUGUUAAUGGAAAUAAUCGUACCAUCAUGAAGAAGAAUUAACACCCAGAUGCUGUCUUUUUUAUGAUUAUUACACUUAUUAUAUUUCAAUUCUGUGAGAAAUAAUAAAAUAUUAUGUAUA